AAUUGUCGCAUAAAAAUGAAGGCGUUCGCAGUUUUGGUUUUACUUUCGAUUUCUUACGUUCUUGGCUCACCUGUUGAUGUCGAGGAGCCCAUCGCACCAACAUUCGAUGCUUACAGAGAUGUUCGUAUUCUUUUGAUUACACGACAGAACCUAAACAAUCCCCAACAAUUGCAUUUCCGCAAUCUUUUGUCAGUACAACAAUCUCAAUUCAGAUCGAAUCGUCCAACAAGAGUCUUAGUUCAUGGUUGGUUUGAAGAUGACACUAGUGAUAUCAAAGUUGAAACAGCAGCAGAACUGUUAGCUGCUUACGAUCUCAACGUUUUGUUCAUUGACUGGUCUGAAGGUUCUAGAACUAUCAACUAUAUUGGAGCCAGAAACCGUGUCCCAACAGUUGGAACUUAUAUUGCUUCGUAUUUGGACUUCUUGCAUGAAAAUAACUUGAUUCAAUGGAAUCGUGUAAAUCUUGUUGGAUUCAGUCUUGGAGCUCAUAUCGCUGGCAUGGCCGGAAAAGGUGUACGUCGCGGUAGAAUUAAUGCAAUUAUUGGACUUGACCCAGCAGGUCCUUUAUUCAGUGUUCGUACUCCAAGCGAACGCUUAGAUGCCAAUGAUGCUAAUUACGUCGAAGUUAUUCACACUAACGGCCCAACACUUGUUCUCAUUGGUGCUGGUAUUGGUGCUGCUAUUGGGGAUGCAGAUUUCUGGCCCAAUGGUGGAACUUCACAACCAGGAUGUUUGACUAAUACUUGUUCUCACGGUCGUGCUGUUGACUUUUAUGUUGAAUCCAUUCGAAACAACGCAUUCUUUGCAUUGCAAUGUCCUGGACGUGAAGACAUCAGCUCAAGACGUUGUGUUAUUCAGCCAGGUGCAUGGAUGGGUGGAGAUGCUAUUAACUUCGACAAAGCUCUUUCUGGAUGUUUCUAUCUUGAAACAAACAGAAAUAGUCCACAUGCUCAAGGCCCUCCUAGGUAGAACUUAAAAUAUUUUUUGGUUGUUCCAUCAUGCAUCAUUGAUUGAUUAAUAAAAAUUUUAGUUGAAAAAAAA